GCCAAGCUGGCCUCCCCGGCCCCCUCCCUGCCCCCGGCCCCAGACCUGGACCCGGAUCCAGACCCCGACCCGGAGCAGCGGCCCACCCUCGAGGAGCAGUAUGUGAGCGAGGGCGAGUGUAGCCAGCUUGACACGCACCCGGCGCCGCCGGACUGCAGGGACGCUGAGACAAUCACAGACGUGUGCAACAGCACCGACCUGCCCGAGUUCGAGAUCAUCAGUCUCCUGGAGGAGCAGUUGCCGGUGUACCGUUUGCGGGCGGACACCGUCUACGGCUAUGACCACGAUGACUGGCUGCACACGCCCCUCGUUGCACCGGACGCCAGGCUCGACCUUACCACCGAGCAGAUCGAAGAGACACUCAAAUACUUCUUGCUAUGUGCGGACAGAGUGGGCCAGAUGACGAAGACGUACCAUGACAUCGAUGCGGUCACACGUCUGUUGGAGGAGAAAGAGAGAGACCUGGAGUUGGCGGCAAGGAUCGGCCAGUCGCUUCUUAAGAAGAACCGAACUCUGACGGAGCACAAUGACUAUUUGGAGAUCCAAGUUGGACAAAUCACAGAGGAGGUGGCGCAGCUGCACCAUGAGUUGAACCUGAAGGAUGAGCUGCUGCAGUUUUACACCAAUGCGGCUGAGGAGAGCGAGGACGAAUCCAGCAGCUCCCCAACGGGUAAGAAGAGUAAAGUGGAAACAGCUUGCGGGGGCUUUGUGAGCGGCAAACUCCAGAUGAAACUCAAAGAGCUGGAAGAAGAGAACCUGUCACUCCGCUCAGAGGCUCACCAUCUAAAGUCAGAGACGGAAACCUAUGAAGAAAAGGAGCAGCAGCUUGUCAGUGAUUGUGUGAAAGAACUCAGGUUGUCCAGUCUCCAAAUCUCUACCAUAGCUGAGGAACUGGCUCGUAAGACUGAUGACGCCUCCAGACAGCAAGAGGAGAUCACACACCUCCUCUCCCAGAUAGUGGAUCUGCAAAAGAAAGCCAAAUCCUAUGCAGUAGAGAAUGAGGAGCUCUCUCAACACCUGGUUGCAGCUAAAGAUGCCCAAAGGCAGCUCACAGUGGAGCUGCAGGAGUUGGAGGCGAAGUACUCGGAGUGCAUUGAGAUGCUGCAUGAAGCUCAGGAGGAACUGAAGAACCUGAGGAACAGGAACUACACUGCAGGAACCCCUCGACGCUACCACCCCCUGGGACUGUACCCGAUGGAUUCUCUGGCUGCUGAGAUUGAGGGAACAAUGAGGAAGGAGUUAAGUCUGGAGGACCCUGAGUGCGAAGAACAAAAAAUCCAUCGCAGGCGCGUUUUUGAGACGGUCAAGAACGUCAAUCAGACAGUCCGACAGCGCUCACUGACUCCAACCAGCGCCAACAUCCCGGGCUCCAACCAGUCUCUGUCAGCUCGUACAUCACCUCAGUCCAGCGGCCUCUCCACACCCCACUCCAGUAUAUAUGGUGGUGACAUCAGUGGAGACAGCGUUGCCCUUGACAACCGUACGCAGAGCAUCCUGAUGGAGACGGCAUCUAAUCAGGAUAGCAACAGUGAGGGCCGAGAGAAGAAAGUGACUGGUGCUGAGGACCUGAGGCUGGCCCUGCGUCGCUUGUCUCUGCGUCGACAAAACAACCUGAGUGAGAGGCGCUUCUUUGAAGAGGAGAGGGAGCGAAGGCGGGGAGGACACGGGGGCCUGCAUACUGCUCUGGGCCACGAGAGUGCGCUGACGCCCUCAGAAAGCAUCAUGUCCCUCGGGAACCUCCACCUGUGGGCCACAAGAGGGCCCUACCUCCCUGACAAACUCCAGAUCGUCAAACCACUUGAAGGCUCUGCCACCCUGCACCACUGGCAGCAGCUAGCCCAACCUCACCUCGGUGUGAUUCUGGACGCCAGGCCUGGAGUCGUGCCGAAGGGUUACAGACCCCUUGAGCUAGAGCUGGAGCAGGUUUAUCCUUGGGGCAGCUUCGAAGAGGAUGAACCAGGUGAGCAAUACUUCCAGAAUCUGCCCACGUCCUCAGCCUCCGCCUCCCCAGCUCUGCCCUCCACCUCAGGCACCGCCGACACCAACCUCGGGCAGCCGCUGCACAGCGUCGCUCCGCCCUCUCCUUCCUCUCCAUCCCCAUCGCCACACCUCAGCAACACUGAUGCUCUGGCUUCGUACUACCCAGGUAAAUGCAUGGCCCACACCAGCUCCACCUACACCUUCACGACCUGCCGGAUCCUUCACCCAACUGAUGAGCUGACGCGGGUCACACCAAGUCUGAUCUCAGUCCCAGCAUCAGCCUCCUGCGUGAUGACCAGCACUCUUUUGGGUACUCCUGCUGCAACGCCCUGCACGCCCCGUAGGCUCAGUCUCAGGCCCUCCGAGUCGUCAACCAACCUCAGAGAUGCAACGCGCACCACCAGCACCUCUCUUGGGUUAGUGCGUCUUCUUCAGGAGAGAGGGAUCUCAGCAGCUAUGUAUCACCAGAACCAGGGCCUGGAGCAUGGUCAGGGCAGCGGAGGGGUCUUACUGAGCACUUCCAUCGCUCCUAACCGACCGCCCAACCCUGAUCCUCUGGCACCCUCUACCCCCCCCAACUCGCCCACAGGACCGGGAGCUUCAGCCGUGCUAACCUCUGCAGGGUUCGACUUCAAGAGCCCCUCUUACGACAACUUCCUGGCCUCUAAACCAGCCCGUUCCAUUUUGAAGGAGGUAACUGGGGGGAUGAGGGGUAGGCAGAGAGGGAGGGACUGCGAAAGCCAAACGGACGUGAGCGUUACCUACCACAACCUCAACCUGCUGGAUAAGGUGAAGCGACUGGGUGUAGCUGGAGCUCAAGGGGGGAGAGCAAUGAGUCCCAGCCCCAUGCUGGGGCCUCUGGGUGGUCUUCGCAGAUCUGGCUCCCCUUUUGGGCCUGAUGGACUGAGGAGAAACCGGAGUUAUCCAGCCAUGGUCGGGGCCAGCAUGGCCAUGAAAGCCCCGGGGCCCCAGGAGUAGUCUGGACUGCUGCUGGCCAUCAGGGUACCCAGGUCAGAGCGAGGCAGGGCCCAGGACUGACUGUUGAGCAGUCGCCUGGAGCCCAAACACUGACUGACACUGUUCAUACUUCACAACAACAACGUGGUACUACUGACCGGUUUUCUCAUUACUACAUGACACGAUCAACCUUCUUGUGCUUUUAGAUGGUGACACAUGCUUGAAUGAAGAGCAAAGUAAUUCAAAGGGUUGGUUCACCCGGUACGCACAGCAGAUACAGAUAAUUUUAAUCUUGCGUGCUCAGCUUUUGAGAUAACUGUGAAAUCUCUUCUACAAACGUAUAAUGCAAGUUAUGAUAUAUUUAUGCCCCAUUACUCAUGAUAAUAAUAACAAGAAAAGUUCAACAUUCUCGGAAAUGCUCUUAUUUUCUUUUCCCUCAUUAAUAAGUAAAUAUAAUUCCUAUUUCCAAAAAGAAAGCCAAUAGUGUAUUUCCCAAAUUAUCAAACUCGUUCAUUAAAAAGCCUCCAGGGGAGGAAAUGGUCCAAAAUGACAUAUUAUCUCAAUAACCUAUUUAUAUAUUUGCGAAAUAUGGACCUCGAUAUUUAUUGUUCUGAGAUGAUGAAUUCUUGUUUGGCGAUCCCUUAAAUGUCCCUGUGGUGUCACCAUGAGGCUGCCAAAGUUACAGUCAAAUAAUUUGUGCUUGUCUCUACCAAUAAAUUGUGGUUCGUCCCCUUUGGGAUCCAUUUUAAUAACUCGAAUGGUCCUCUGACUUUUCCUCUAGUGCAAGUAGAAGGUCAGAAUCGAAAUUUUCCAAUACAUUUGGCUUUUGACAAAAUGCCUGCAAAACUGAAAACAUUCCCGCCAACCUCAGCUUUAACCUCAGCAUGCUAACACGCUAAAGUGACAUGGUGAACACAUCAGCUAAACGAUCGGCAUAGUCAUUGUGAGCAUGUGUUAGCACAGUGAUAUUAGCAUUUAGCUGUUUAUUUUUGACACAGAAUAUCGACAAAUCUGUGCAGGUGAAACUUAAAUUUAUGUAAUUUGAUUAUAUGUAAUGGGGUUGAACUGAUGAAUUAAAAGCAGAAUAUCUUAGAACGGAUCGAUCUAAAAACUGUCUGAAAAUAUCUCCCACUGCGAGCCCCCACAUCCCCUGCUCCGGAGACUGACUCUGCUGGCUAGAUGUAGUACUCCCGCCCCUGCCUUUUUCUGAAUCACAUCCACAAAAUCCACCACACACAUCCAGAUAUACAAAAAUCUGCCAUCGCACUAGUUGGCAUUUUGUCAUUGCUGUAGCACUCACCAUGCAUUUUCUUCCUAAAUAUCACUGGAUCAUAAUUCACAUUUUAUAACGUAUCGAAAAUUGACACCAUAGUACGAUGUGGUCCCUAGACUCACUUUCUCCCGUCUUACCUCACUCUCCUGACGUGAGCCCAACAAGUCACUUAACAAAUCAUUAAAGUUUUUAUGUCAGUAUCAAAGAUACUUUGAUUUAGUUUCCGUAGUUGGGCGUUAGACAGGGAAGUUGAUGGUGCUUCCACUGGAUUGGACAGAUCACUAUGGUGAAGCUGCAGUUCAGAAGAGGAUGGAGACAGAGAUGAGGGAAAUGUGGUCGCAAGCGUGUACGGACAUUUUCCCUUGGUGAAAUUAAUAAGCAAUAUAGUGCCUCGACCAUCGUUUUUGGAUAAUUAAUGUUCUUCAUGUGUAGGAUUAUGGUUGGUCACAAUCAUUAUUGCACUUGUGUUUAUUUAUUGUAAAAAUCCUAUCCUGAAUUUAAGUUAUUUUUCAUUUUUGAAAAAAAAUAUUUUGUCACUCACACUAUGUAUACUGUUCAUUGUCAGUGAAAUGUCAGUAAUGACACACUUAUAAAGGAACUAUUAUGUGUAGAGCGUAACCAUGAAACCACACAUCACUGUAAGUAUUGGGGUGAGCAUGUAAUCAAGGGGGUUUUCCAAAUAAAAGGUAAUCAAAGAAAAAA